UUUAGCCGCGCGCUCGCUGACGCAGCUCACAGAAAGACAACCGGAUAACGGGAACCGUAAAGGGGGGACGAGGGCAAAGCGAGAGACGUAAACGGAGUCGUGUUGUAUAACCCAGGCCUCCACUUUUUACUCAUUGUUCCUCCUUUUUAUUUUUUUGUCCCCCUGCUGUUUUCUCAUCCUCUCGCGGCGGAGCUGAGGAGGAGAGAAAAGGGGGGAGGAGGAGGAGGAGGAGGAGGGCUGCAGGGCUCGGCGCUACAUUCGGAGCAGCUGCCGCACAUGUACUGUUCGUUUCCCCGCCCCGAGAAGACCGGCGAACCGCAGGAGGAGGAGGAGGAGGAGGAGGAGGUGAAUGAGGCAGAGACAGGCGUGUGAGAAAACAUCCCGCUAGCAAAGCAAGGAGGAGCGGGGCUAACGGUCGACAGGAUUCAAAAAACAAAAAAGAAAUCCAGAAGAACACCAGUGAUGCGGCAGCCGAGGUGGGCCAAAAUUGACGAUUUUAUGAUAUCGUUGUCCUCCGUCGGGACCGACCACUGAGGAGAACAAACUGUACACCAACCCGGAGUUUAUUCGCAUUUUUUGUUUGUUUUUUGUUUUUUUGUUUUCUAACCAGACGAGGAAACCAAUAAUAUAGACUACAUUUCGGUGAUCGAUUGGUGUGAUUGUGAAAGCUCAGCUGCAUGAUUACAGUUCCAGAUUUAGGCCCAUGACUUAGUCUGUGUGACGCCAAUACAGCAGCAGAGGAGAUAGGGGAGGUGUGUGUCUGUGGAGGCGCGCCUGUCUGAGAGCAUCAUCUGGCUGCUGCAAAUGCUGCGCGUGCGUUUGCGGAUGAGACACUUUUCUACCUUUGCUUAAAAACAAAACAAAAAAAACAGAUGCUUUCAGGGAUGCUGCUGCUGCUGCCAUUUCCAGCCGGGCUCUGAUAGACUGGACAUCCGGAAAAUCUUUGUGCUCCUCUGCCUCUGCACCUUCCUCUCCCCCCUCCUCCUCCUCCUCUUCUCCCGCCCAUCAAGCGUCUGCUCAUUGUGAUCAAAUUGAUCAUCCAUCUGCGCUUCAGAGAGCCUCCCACUCCUCCCAGCGUCCAUCCACCCGUGUGCAUCCUCGCAGCAGGCCUUUCCUCCACCUCCACCAUGGAGACGACCAAGCUGCCUCCGUCCAGCCCGUCCUCACCGACCACCAGCUUCUCGGUGCCCUCCGCCGAGAAGGUGGACGGCUUCCCGCGCAGGUCCAUGCGCAGAGCCCGGCAGAGGAGGUCCCACAGCUCGUCCCAGUUCCGCUACCAGAGCUCCCAGGUGGAGCUCACCCCCCUGCCCUUGCUCAAAGACGCCCCGGUGGCAGAGUUACAUGACCUGUUCUGUAAGAAGCUGCAGCAGUGCUGCGUGCUGUUUGAUUUCCUGGACUGUGUGGCCGACCUGAAAGGGAAAGAGAUCAAACGUGCGGCCCUCAACGAGCUUGUGGAGAGCGUGGCAACUAGCAGAGGAGUCCUCAUAGAGCCUCUCUACCCAGAGGCUAUAAAGAUGAUCUCCGUAAAUAUCUUCCGCACACUUCCUCCCAGCGAGAAUCCGGAGUUUGAUCCCGAGGAAGAUGAGCCGACACUGGAAGCCUCCUGGCCUCAUCUGCAGCUUGUGUACGAGUUCUUUCUGCGUUUUCUGGAGAGCCCAGACUUCCAGCCCUCCAUGGCCAAGCGCUACAUCGACCAAAAGUUUGUCCUUCAGCUCCUGGAGCUCUUUGACAGCGAGGACCCCAGGGAGAGGGAGUACUUGAAGACCAUCCUGCACCGUGUCUAUGGAAAACUGCUGGGCCUCCGAGCCUACAUCCGCAAGCAGAUCAACAACAUCUUCCUCAGGUUCAUUUAUGAAACUGAGCACUUUAACGGCGUAGCAGAGCUCCUGGAAAUCCUUGGCAGCAUCAUCAACGGCUUCGCUCUGCCUCUAAAAGCCGAACACAAGCAGUUCCUGGUCCGAGUCCUGAUCCCGCUGCACACAGCUAAGUCCCUCUCCAUUUUCCACGCACAGCUGGCCUACUGUGUGGUGCAGUUCAUGGAGAAAGACGCGACAGUCACUGAAUUUAUCAUCAGAGGGCUGCUCAAGUACUGGCCGAAAACCUGCACACAGAAAGAGGUGAUGUUCCUGGGCGAGAUCGAGGAGAUUCUGGACGUGAUAGAGCCGUCUCAGUUCAUCCGCAUUCAGGAGCCCCUCUUCAAACAGAUCGCCGCCUGUAUUUCCAGCCCCCACUUCCAGGUAGCGGAGCGAGCUCUUUACUUCUGGAACAAUGAGUACAUCCUUAGCCUGAUAGAGGAGAACUGCCAAGUCAUCCUGCCUCUGGUGUUCGCCACGCUCUACAGAGUCUCCAAGGAGCACUGGAACCAGACCAUUGUGUCUCUGAUCUACAAUGUGUUGAAGACCUUCAUGGAGAUGAACAGCAAACUGUUUGAUGAUCUCACCGCCUCCUACAAGGUGGAGAAACAGAAAGAGCUGAAACGUGAACGGGAGCGUUCGGAGCUCUGGCGAGGCCUGGAGGAGUACGAGGAGCGGCGGAUGCAGAUGCUGACAGAGGCCGCCAGGAACCAGCGCAAUCUUCAGGAGCGAGGCGAGAGAGGGGACCCCCUGAGCCCCACGUGCCCCCAAACGGCUCACUCCGACCAGCCAGAGCCCAAACCGAGCGGGGCCACCUCUGGAGAGACCGCCACCUAGGCCGCAUUCACGCCAUCGAACUUGAACUCGCUUCAGUCCUGAGAGGUCAAGUUACAGGACUCCAGGCAGAGGAAGAGCACGGCAAUAAGUCAGAGCAACAGAACGAGAACUGAACGGAACCGACAACUGCAUUACGUAGCUAUUUCACCCAAGUUUUAGAUUUGCACUGUCUGCCCAAUGGUCUGUGUUUGUUGUGUUGAAGAUAAAAACCAUAGAGAAGAUGAUCAUCAGGAUGCAGAAGAAGAUGUAUAUUUUGGGGACCAACAAAGCAGUGGGGGGGGGCUGAAUGUAGAGAGUCUUACUACUGUAUGUAACAUUGCAGAAGGAUGUAGUACAGAGAAAAAAAAUAUGUACUUCAAAUGAAACUUCACUUUGAGAAAAACA